AGAAAAUAUAGAAAUAGAAAAAGACAGGGAAGAAGAGAAGACAGCUUAGCACAUCACAAGGCGACGGGGAGUGAAGGUUUUGGAUUUAAUCUCUCUGUGUCUUGUCUUUUUCUAUAAAUUUGUUAGCUCAUAACUCUCAGAAUAAACGAGUGAUACAUAAAUCUUCUUCUAUCUUCUCCAUUUCAUUUCUUCUUUGCUUUCACUAAUCUUAGGUAAUUGGUUGGUUUCGAUUCCCGAAGAAUCAUGAAGCAUAAAGAUGGAAAACCCAUUUCCCUACCUGAUAAGAGGUCCAAGGUUGUUUCCAUGGCCAUUAUGAUGGUUGUAUUGUGUGGUUUUUCGUUCUAUCUCGGCGGGAUCUUCUGUUCCGACAGAAACUUAGCUCAGACCAAUGAUGUUGUUACAAACUCUGUCUCGUCCCCCAAAGACCCCGCCGUUGCUCCUCUCCAGACUAAAUCCACCGCGUUCCCCGAGUGCAGCGCAUCCUAUCAAGACUACACUCCCUGCACUGAUCCAACCAAAUGGAAAAAAUACGGUGUUCAGCGCCUUAAAUUUAUGGAACGUCACUGCCCUCCUGUUUUCGAAAGGAAGGAGUGCUUAGUCCCACCCCCUGAUGGGUAUAAGUCACCAAUCAAGUGGCCAAAGAGUAGGGAUGAAUGUUGGUACAGAAAUGUACCGUAUGAUUGGAUUAACAAGCAGAAAUCUAACCAGAACUGGCUGAGAAAAGAAGGCGACAAAUUCUUGUUUCCUGGUGGGGGUACUAUGUUUCCUAGAGGAGUGGGUGCCUAUGUUGACUUGAUGGAGGAUUUGAUCCCAGAGAUGAAAGAUGGAACCAUUCGCACUGCUAUUGAUACUGGUUGCGGGGUUGCAAGCUGGGGCGGUGAUCUAUUAGACAGGGGGAUUCUUACUCUUUCUCUCGCCCCAAGAGAUAAUCAUGAGGCUCAGGUUCAAUUCGCGUUGGAACGUGGAAUUCCUGCAAUUCUAGGCAUUAUUUCUACUCAACGCCUUCCAUUCCCCUCAAGUUCAUUUGAUAUGGCGCAUUGCUCAAGAUGCCUUAUUCCAUGGACUGAAUACGGUGGUAUUUAUCUCCUAGAAAUAAACCGUAUACUUCGUCCUGGUGGCUUCUGGGUGCUAUCUGGUCCUCCAGUCAACUAUGAAAAUCGUUGGAGAGGGUGGAACACUACAGUAGAAGAUCAGAAAUCAGAUUAUGAAAAGUUGGAAGAACUUCUAACUGCAAUGUGCUUUAAAUUGUAUAAUAAGAAGGAUGAUAUUGCUGUAUGGCAGAAAUCUGCAGAUGGUAAUUGCUAUAGCAAGCUUGCAAAUCCUGAUGCCUAUCCACCAAAAUGCGAUGACAGCUUUGAACCAGAUUCUGCUUGGUACACUCCACUUCGUCCCUGUGUUGUUGUUCCCAGCCCAAAACACAAGAAGUCAGAUCUGGUAUCCAUCCCAAAAUGGCCAGAACGAUUGCAUGUUGCACCUGAGCGCAUUUCAGAUCUUCAUGGUGGAAGUGCUAGUACUUUCAAGCAUGAUGACAGCAAGUGGAAGGUGCGUGCAAAGCACUAUAAAAAGCUGCUUCCUGCACUUGGCACGGAUAAGAUAAGAAAUGUGAUGGACAUGAAUACAGUUUAUGGAGGCUUUGCUGCAGCUGUGAUUGAUGAUCCUCUGUGGGUCAUGAACGUGGUCUCUUCAUAUGCUGCCAAUACACUUGCUCUGGUUUUUGAUAGAGGCCUCAUCGGAGCUUACCAUGAUUGGUGUGAAGCAUUCUCAACAUAUCCUCGAACAUAUGAUCUACUUCACCUUGAUGGCCUAUUUACUGCUGAGAGCCACCGAUGUGAUAUGAAGUAUGUGCUAUUAGAGAUGGAUCGGAUUGUCCGGCCUAGUGGCUACGUACUCAUACGCGAAUCAACCUAUUUUAUAGACGCCAUUGCUACCGUGGCCAAAGGGAUGAGGUGGUCCUGCCGAAAAGAAGAUACCGAAUAUGGCAUUGACAAGGAGAAGAUUUUGGUUUGCCAGAAAAAGCUCUGGUACUCUUCUAAUCAAAGCUCAAGAUGAUGAUCAAGCCGAAAUACCCCGUUAAUCUUCCAUAUGGUAUUGAGUAGAAGCCAAUACAUCAGUAAAGUUCAAUACCUUCACCUGCAAAUUCAUCGAAUUCCAUAGAGGCCAAGAGGAGAAUAUAGCUAUACAAUAACAGUUAUAGUGCCGAUUAUAUAUGUAUUCUUGUAUUCUUUUUGUUUUUCAUUUUGUUUUUAUCUUUUCGGUCCUUGAUAUUGCUAGAAAGUAAAAUUCAAGGAGACUCACAAUCACACAUUGUGAUUUGUUAUUAAUGAAAUUUAUGUAUUCUUGGAAAUGUAAUCACUUAUUUUCAGGCAAGAUUAAAGACCAUUCUGUUUUGCUUCUCCA